AUGCACAACUAGAUCAGUCAGCCAGUCCCUGAGGUUUCUUGUUUGUAGCUGAGAAGAAUUUCAGCAGUGAGAGGGUUAAGCAUAAGGCCCUCCCAGCAGGAGGAGGAGAGCAAUCCUGUGUGACCAGGGUCCUGUAACAUGCAGGAAAAGGCUGCAAGUUCUGUUUAGUCAAUCACAAUGGCUCCCAAAAAUAUUGUCAUCUUUGGGGCCACAGGAAUGACCGGGAAAGUGACCCUGGCGCAAGCUGUGGAUGCAGGGUACAAUGUGACGGUCCUGGUGAGGGACCCUGCUCGCCUCCCCGCCGACAAGAAGCCUGCGCGGGUUGUUGUUGGUGAUGUGCUGAAUAAGGGCGAUGUCUCCAAGGCCGUGGAGGGUCAGGACGCUGUUAUUAUUGUCCUGGGGACCAGAAAUGACCUUGGACCAACCACAUUGAUGUCAGAGGGGACCCGAAAUAUCAUCGAGGCAAUGAAGGCGCAUGGCAUUCGAAAAGUGGUGGGCUGCAUGUCAUCAUUUCUGCUGUGGGAUAUUGCCAAGGUGCCACCUCGCCUUCUGCCAGUGACUGAGGACCACAUCCGGAUGCACCAAGUCCUGAAAGACUCCGAUCUGGACUAUGUGGCUGCGCUUCCUCCACACAUUGCAGCGGAUAAGCCUCUCACCGGUGAUUACACCGUGCAGGCGGAGCGCGGAGGGAAUGUGAUCUCCACCCACGACCUUAGUCACUUCUUCCUUCGCUGUGUGAACACAGAUGAGUACAAUGGGAAAAGCCUCACCUUGUUUCGGGACUACGCUGCCUAAUAAAACGGCUCCCUCUCCUGGUGGGGAUUAACAACAUUCUUAACAACAGUCAUUUUGAAAAAAAUGUUUAACAAAACAACAAAAGUUACAAAUAACAAAAUGUUACUGAAAUCUAUCAAAUGAAACGUAAGAAUUCUGCAGAAGUUUUUCCGCUAACAUUUCAGAUGUAAUAUCUUUAGUCUGGUGCUAUUGGCUACAUUGAAUGUGAUUUAUAAAUUCUCAAUAAAAACAUCUUUACGUGAA